GCUCUCUCAAGUUCACCGAGCGCUGGCUGCCUUGUCCGGGUAGUUUGGUAGGCUGCCCCGCUGAGAGAGAUCCCACAGCCAGAAGCGUUGUUGUUCCGGACGCUCACACCGACUUCAGGUCUGGUAAAGUUGGAUUCUCCUGGCCUUUAACUUAGCGUUUAAAUGUGAGUGUUUUUCCCCGUGAAGAGUUAUUUUUUUUAAUGUUUUUCACGAGUCUUACCAAGAUGGACACAACUUUGCGGCCGGUCGGACGGUAAAUAACGACUUCUUGCACUAAAUGUAGACUUUUCUGUCGCGCAACUGGGCCGUUCCCAUCCCGGAGGUGACAGUCCUAUAAUGAACAUUUUCCCACUGGAGUUUCGGUAAACUUUUUCUAGUUCUUUUUUUAUUUUAUUUUUCUUUUUUUCUUACCCCCUCCUCCCCUCCACGGACUCGCCAUGUCGGGAGUGGUCCGCACCCUGAGCCGCUGCCUGCUCCCGGCCGAGGCCACCCGGGAGCCGGGCGGCAGCAAGCAGGGCAGGCGGGAGGAGAGGGACGCGGCGAAGGAGCGGGAGGCGAGGCGCCGGAGCCGGGAGAUAGACGCCAUGCUCGCCCGGGAGAGGAGAGCCGUCCGGCGGCUGGUGAAGAUCCUCCUCCUCGGGGCCGGAGAGAGCGGAAAGUCCACAUUCCUGAAACAGAUGCGCAUCAUUAACGGGCAGGAGUUUGAUAAGAAAGCGCUCCUAGAUUUCCGGGACACUAUAUAUGAGAAUAUACUAAAGGGCAUGCGAGUGCUGGUGGAUGCCCGAGACAAACUGGGCAUCAGCUGGCAGAGCUGUGAGAACGAGAAGCAGGGCAUGCUGGUGAUGUCGUGGGAGGGGCGUGUGGGCGCCUCGGGGGUGGAGCCCAGCGAGUUUCAGCUCUACGUGAUGGCGCUGAGCGCGCUCUGGGCGGACACCGGCAUACAGGAGGCCUACGCACGACGCUCGGAGUUCCAGCUGAGCGAGUCAGUCAAAUACUUCCUGGAUAACUUGGAUCGUAUCGGGCAGCUGGUGAGUCUCGCUCAAAUGUGUCGAGAAUCUUUUCCUUUUUCUAGUGCUGCGUACCAGAAAAUGACUCUUUCCUGUUUCCAGAGCUACGUUCCAAGCAGGCAAGACAUUUUGUUUGCAAGAAAGGCGACCAAGGGGAUUGUGGAGCACGACUUUUUCAUCAAAAAGAUCCCUUUCAAAAUGGUGGAUGUCGGGGGUCAGAGGUCACAGCGGCAGAAGUGGUUUCAGUGUUUCGACGGGAUCACGUCGAUCCUCUUCAUGGUGUCUUCAUCAGAGUACGACCAGGUUUUGAUGGAGGACCGCCGGACAAACCGCCUGGUGGAGAGCAUGAACAUCUUCGAGACGAUCGUCAACAACAAGCUCUUCCUGAACGUCUCCAUCAUCCUGUUUCUCAACAAAACGGACCUGCUGGUGGAGAAGAUCCGCACCGUGGACAUCCGCAAGAACUUCCCCGAGUUCAGAGGAGACCCACGCAGGCUGGAGGACGUGCAGGCGUUCCUAGUCCAGUCGUUCAGUCGCAAGAGGAGAAACCGGGGGAAGCCGCUCUUUCACCACUUCACCACUGCAGUGGACACGGAAAACAUCCGCUUUGUCUUUCACGCCGUCAAGGACACGAUCCUGCAGGAGAACCUCAAAGACAUCAUGCUGCAGUGACUUUGACGCGUUCUGUGACUGCAACGGUGAAAACCCCCGGCCUGGAGGACUUUGCUCUGACACCGCAGCCUACGAUGAGUUUAUAACCGGGGAUGCAGCCGGGUUAACCCAGGCGGAGUGGAUGUGACUGAUGUUUUUGAACCUGUGCAGCCGGGAGUUGCUACAUGUAUGUUGGCCACUGUGGACUCCCUGCAUUUUAACCUGUGUAAAUGUGCGAAUGAGCUGAACGGAGAGCAGAACUGUGGAGGGGAAACUCCGGCUACGCCUGCGUUAGCACUGAAAGUGUCGUUCCUGUCGUGUACAUAAGACUAAUGACAACCCUGUCACUAAACCAAGUCGAGCCGCCCGCCCGCUGGAAGCUUUGUUAUCAGGAUAACGGACGUGCGGAAGGAUUGAGAGCGGGAUGGAAAGGGCCUCUUCUUCAAAUACACGUGACAAGAGGAGGAGAGAGUUGAGGGUCUGGCCCCGAACUGGUCAUAUGCUGCGUUAUGUGAUAAGGUUGCACAAGUGUUCCUGUCAGUGAACUUUACCAGAGAGGGGAAGCGAGACCCUCUUAUGCUCCCUAUCUUCUUGUAAUUCACUCCCACCGUCACACGAGAGAGGCACAGCUGCAGAGAAGAAGUCUUAUUCUUCUAAUCUCCUCUCUCUCAUCUCCUGUCCUCCUCGGCACAAUGGACAGACUGUUCGUCUCGUCCCUCUCCGGCACAAACUGCAGACAGACAAAUUAGAGAGUCGUCUUUGUUGAAGGAAAUACACAACUCCUGAGUUAUACUCCACUCAUUGUUCCUCUCUCUGUCCUCUUUGAAUGCACCAGAAAGGCCCCCGGAUUUGUCUCGGGGCAUAUUUAAAGUAUUUACUGGAUAUUUCUUUUUUUGCGUUACGGUUUAACUUUACCUGUUCUGUUAAGUAAACACGAAGGGAACAGCGGAAAAUGACGAGGCUGAACUGUGACUGACCCAUUUCUCAUGCGUCUGGUAGCGGUUCCAGGCUUGUGUGUCCGUUUUGAAACUCUGCGACAGUAUCCAGCAACCUCAGCAGCAGCUAGACUGAAGAAAAUCACUGUUCACACAAGUUUGGGCAAUAAUGAUUUUUUUUUUUUUUUUUUAUGUGCAAAACUCCCUGCAGAUUUAUUGGCACUAAUGAUAAAGUUGUGCAAAAAGCCAUAAAACGGAUUAAGCUUUUAUUGCAGUAGUAUAUUCUCCCUAUGAAAAAGUAAGAGAAAUGUAGCCUUUUUAAUGUAGUGCUUUUACUUAGUGGGGGGAAAAUUCAUGGUUUUCAAAAGAAAACCAUGUAUACCGCAUAGUUUGUUACCCCUGCUCUGAUGUACAACCACACAGAUUUUCGUUCGGGAGACUUGGAUGACUAGAGAAGGAGUUGAAUUUUGUGUCUGAUGAACCAUUUCUAUGGUGAGUUCACCGUGAUUUGGAUCAUUAGCCGACUUAAAAUCUUAAUAAUGACAUGUGGUCAGUUUGGAGGCAGAGAGUGCAUUACAUUUCUAUUUAAAAUCUGGUAUUUAAAAAAGUACAUCAUGCCACGUACUCUUAAGAAGGUGAUCCUCUGCUAUGUAUUUUCAGCAGUAGGAACUAAGUGAUUUACAUUGCGCACUGCCCCUGUUGACAUAGCGUGUUCUCUUGUCUUUCCCGUUUUUAACCUUUUAACCUGGAUGUUUAGGAGUUAUUGGCCUCUAUGUCAUCCCAUAUUGAUAAAUCAGAGAAAGAGGAACUCAGGUUUAAAGUCUCUAAGCCUUUAAACUUGAAGAAUUUGAGAUUUUUCUAAUUUUAUAGUUUAUUUUUUUGCAUCUGGGACCAGUCAUUUCAGGAAAAUAGCUAUUAAUGUGGGGAUAUAUGUACUUAAAUUAAAUGUUGGAUGUUUCUGAAAUUUCCAUUGCAGAAUUAUUAAUUUAACUGAGCUCAAUUUAUUCACAACAAAUGUCAUCUCAAGGCAUUUUUUAGGACAAACGUAUUAUCCUAUAUGUACAGAGGGAUAACCAACUACAUAUUUUCCAGUUUAUUCUUACUUAUUAAACAAUACAGUCAAAAUGUAUUUAUAAUGCCGACUAUACAGACAAUGACAAAUAUUUUUAGCCAGGUAAGCCCAGCCGUUGAUACACUGAUAUUUUAAGCAAUCCCUCCAUCUGAGAAAGCUUGUGAGGACAGUGGAAAGGAACAACUCCGUUUUAACGGAAAGAAACCUCGAGGAGAACCAGGCUCAGUACGAGCAUCAAUCUGCCAUGAACAACUAAAACUAGGAGUUAAAAGAACAGAGCAGAUUUUUCAGACGUUGUGGCCCAAAAUACUUGUCUGUGUUCAAAAGCAGAAAAUUAAGUAAUCCAGACCUUUAUGACUUCAAGAGGCUUUUUUUGGAUAAAUAUCUCUGAGCAAAAUCAGCAUAACAAGUGAAAUUUAUCCCAUGCUGUGGAAUUGUUACCAAAGGGAGGAAUAAUUUUUACGGGAAAAAGAAUUGGCCCAAGCACCAAGCCCUGUGGUACUCCGUAACUAACUGUGGUUUAUGAGGAAGAUCCAAAAAUAGAUUAUGCUACUGCAACAUGAUUAUUUUCUUUCCUGGUAUUUUGCACGUGUUUACCAAGGGUGCCAAUAAAAGUGGGGGAGGUCCUGUAUGUUUUUUUUUCCUUCCAUUUAGACCCUAAAUGACACAAAGUAUUAGCUUAAAAAAAUAAAAUAGUGAGGUCACCCUCAGAAAAUAAAGAUGAUUUGUUCACAAACAGGUAGCAACCCAUAGCUAUUUAAAUAAUAGAUGCCACUGCUUAGGUCUUGUAGCAUUGUAGCAUCACUAUAGUUCAGGAUAAGGAGUCUAAUUACACUAAUCUGAACCAGUGAAUGUUAGUCUCACCACUCUUAUCUUAUGUUCCUGUUGUUAAACCACUCAAAAGAAUAAAAAAAAAUCCAGCAAGCUAGUGAAUGUAGCAAAGACUUUAGCCGCUUAAAGAAGCAGAUCAUGUCCCAGACGUUGCUGGAGAAGGAGAACAGAGCCAAAAAGUGGGUUAAUAGCGGAGUAAUUUCCAGAAACACAACAGGGCCUGUAAAUAAGCGUCCCUUAUUAACUCUUUUUUUGUCAGAUUUGUAGAGAUGGAUAAAAAGUCUGACCCAAAAGGCUUUAAACACUUGAAGGCUUUAAUAGAUGCUCUUCAUAAUGCAUCGUUGAUAAUUCAAAUUAAUUAUUCUCCAUCAACGACAGUUAAUCCGCCGCACCUUUAACCCUCGACAAACACGAGGAAGGUGACUUUAGAGCGCAUUAAAGGGGCAUUCAGGGUUCGCCAGACAGAGUUAACUAGCUGUUUAGCAACAAUAAAAGUGUCGCUGCUAUGGUUACUUGCAGGCACACAGCGUGGCGGUUCAACCUGAGGGGCUCGGUUACUUCUCGGCCGCCUUCAUCGAUUUGCAGAUUAAAGUGAAGAGAUGUGACUGUGUUGCAUUUUGGUACCGCAGCAUCUGGAUCGGACCAGAGCGGGCCAGGCCGACUUUCCCCACUCCGUUUCUUCUGCUAAGCCUUGAGAGGGAAAAAAAAAGAAGACAAAACCUCUUCCACUCCACACGCCUUCGUAAUAAUACUGUGUUAGUUUGAGUUCAAAGUGACUUUGAGCAUGUUUGUGCUUCCUGUACACUGAAUACUGUAAAUUUCUGACUGACACUGUGUGUACAUAUGUAGUACCGUGUAGAAGAUCUCGAGUGAGCGCUCAUUCCUUUACGUUUUGCUUCCAAGCAGCUAAAUGUUAAAAUAGUCAACAGUUCUCCCCAUUUCUGAGGAUCUUUUCAAGGAGAUUUGUCUCAGCUGUGCCUCAGUCCAACAAUACCCCAGAAAUAAUAAUACAGAUUACAUGUAUGGGUCUAAAAACACAGCAGGUUUACGGGGAAGUAAUCUAACCACAUUUGAUCAGUAUUACACACUGAUGGCACUCUGGAUGCUGCAGUCUGUCACACCUGUUCCCUCCUACUGCCUGAAUUUAUUUACAUUCAAAUUGAAAAUGUCGUUUUUGCUGCCAAGCUAAAGAUAAAUUAAGUCAAUAUUGUUAAUGUUAAUGAGAAAGCUGCUGUGAUGUUCUGACACACGUCAUCUAAAAUGUCCUUAGCUGUUUAUUAAUCUUCUGCUCUUUUUCACAAUGUUUUCAUUUGGAGCGGUUUUCUGAAAUGCUAGGCUAACGUUAGCAUGUUAAUCCUCUGUUCUGAUGAUCCAGUAACUGGAGUGUGGUCAAAACUUACCAAAAGAUGUUUUUCUCCCGCUUCAUAAAAGAGGUGCUUUGCUCAGGAGGUCAUAAAAGGUGUUAGUUUGUGUUUCACCUGCUCUCUGCCUCCCACGGGCAGCUUUCUGAGCGGGUCACGUGACACAGGGAGGGACCUGCAGCAGCCAAUACAGUCUCACUUUCACUGUGAAGACCAAUGUAAGGUGGCCUUAAAGUGUCGGGAAGUUUUGUUCGUUUAUUCAGGGACUCUAAUACCAAACCUCUUAGGCCCGAAGGUCUUUUUUCCAAAAAUGCAUUCUCGUACUUUAUAAGGCAUUUAUCAACUUGUACAAUGCCUUAACUGCUAAUCUUAUCAACUUAACAUAGAGGUCCUGGAGGAUGAUGUGGAUGUGAAAAUUUUAAAGUAAAUUAUUUUGAUCCUGAAUAAAUGAGAUUUAAAUGCCCAAAAAACUAAGAGUCUGCCUAAAAAAACAGAUGUUUAUAUUCAAAACUUCUUACUUUUGCUGUAAAGGAGAUAAACGCAAUAAAUUAUAAUUACAACAUCUCUGUUGCAUCUGUAACCAGAUUGGUCUUCACACAACAAGCAAUUGGAAAGCUAAACAAGAAAUCCAGGUGGACCCCUGUUGUUUUUGUGCCAUUUUGGCACAAUUUCUGAAAUAUGGAAUUUAUUCUUGAA